CACUGUUCAAUUUUUUUUCCAGUCGGCAAGAAAGAACAUUCGAUUUAAUGGUGAAUCUGACCUGGAAAAGUUGGUACUGUGGAACAUAGUCAUUUCUCAGAUGAUAUGGUGAAGCAUUACAGAAAAGUAAUUAGUGUCUGUACUUAAUUUUGACCAUUUAUAUUAUGGAGGACGCUAGGGAUGAUGCUACAGAAAAACAAAAGGAUUCAGCAGAGCAACAAUCAAAACUUCACAAGUCUGUUCUUCCAUUGAGUGAUAUUCCAGAGGACCCGAAAGAAGAUAGAAACAGUAAAGAGCUUGAUCAUAGUCUCGAUGAAAUGGAAAUGAAAGAUGAAAGCAAAAAUCUUAUCAAUUCAAAAAAUACAAACAACGUAAGGUCCAAGGGAGAUAACUUGAAUAGAAGUACAGAAAUAAUUACCAUAGAACCGGUUGAAAUAGAAAUGGAACAUCUUCCUUCUUCAAAAAGUGAAAAUGACGAAGAGUCAAGUGAGAUUCUCAGCAAGAAAAGUGGUCCACAUGUUGCCUUAUUUUCCGUGAUUUGUAUCCCAGCAGGCCUUCAUAGCUUCCCUCUGUGUCGCAUUCUACUAUGGAGCUUCAUCAUGGUACAACCUUUAUCUUUACUUCAGUGAGGAAAAAACUAUCUGGCACAAGGUGACCAUUUGUCCAGUCCU